AUAGGUACCACAAGAGAUGUCUUUGAGGGUAAAAUUGUGAAGAAACUGUCCUAUGAAGCGUACGCCGGUAUGGCAGAAAAAGAAUUGAAAAAAAUUUGUGAGCAUAUGCGAGAAAAAUGGAACAUACUUAAAAUUUACGUAGAACACAGAUUAGGGGAGGUACCAGUUGGUGAAGUUAGUGUCAUAAUAGCAGUGUCGGCUAUCCACAGGGCAGACUCGAUUCAGGCCGUCGAAUAUUGUAUCAACAAUCUCAAAUUGACUGUACCAAUUUGGAAAAAAGAGAUAUAUAAUGAUGAUACUGGGUUGUGGAAAGAAAACAAAGAAAGUUGUCAAACAGUCCAACAUCUUAACACUAAUCACUAA